AUGACGUUUCGCCACCCAGCCCGCGGCGGAGUCUUCUACACUGUACCAUUGCGCAUGCGCGCUCGACAUCACGAGUCGUUCGACGUCCAUGUUGACACGGGCUCGGGAAAGCUGUGGCUGUACAGCAGUCAUUGCGCAAGUCCCGCUUGCAAGGGUAUGAAGGGGUACUCGCCGGGCGGUCCAGCCUUCAAUACCGGCGAGAAGAAGACUACGCAUUUCGCCGACGGCACGCGCAUCGCUGGGACAUGGGCAACGGACUAUGUCGAGGCCGCUGGCAAGAGAAUGGAGUUCUUGUUGGCGGACCGGGGCUCCGCAACCCUACCACCGGGUGUUGUCGGAGGGCUCGGACUCGGACUUCCCAAGCAGGGCAAGGCGCACCGCGUGCUCUGGGCACAUAACCAGAGGCGUGUUUGCGCACUUUGCUUUGGGACCCAUGGCCUCGGAGCCAUGCUGGCCUUGCCUCCUGUUGCGAAUGACGGCUCGCAUCUGACCAUCGGUGACUACCGCUGGGAGGUUCGGCUGAGCGCCAUAGAACACGCCGGAAGAGUGCUCAUGCUGAACCGGAGGGUAUUGCUGGACUCGGGGACGGUGGCCAGUGUCGCUCCUCCACCGGACGUCGAGGCAUUCUUCUCGUUCUUCUACCAGAAUGUCGCUGAAGCGACCGCUGGAGAAUGGACCCUCGUAUUCGCGGGCGGAGCGAGGGUUCAUCUCCCCGAACUGUUCAGUUUCCGCCGUCAUGGUCACCACGAGCGCAGCCUGCAUGCCUCGCCGUCCGGGUUCAACUCGACUUGGAUCUUCGGCCUCGACGUGCUGACCCACCUCCACACUGUUUUUGACGCUGACAAGCGCACGGUCGGUCUAGCCUCGAGACUGUGA